AUGUCCUCUCUCCAUGCAAAACCCAACGUCCCGGACAUCGGUCGACGUGUCAUAGAGGUGCCCGAGCUCCUCACGUUAGUUGCUCGCGAGUUUAGCAUCGUGGGACCGAUCGUUUGGAGGAAAGUACCAAGGCUGGACCUCAUUAUGAAAUUAAUCAUUGGCACAAGCGUGAAGUAUGAUAGGUUCAGGGACUCACAAAGUGCUCACCAUGAAUUCACUGAAAUCACAAUUGUACUUCCUUCGAACCCGGAUCUUGGGCGAUUUAACAUAUAUGCGCCUUGGGUUCACGAGCUCGAAAUUUUCAGACAAUCCAGUCAAGAGAUUCAAAAUGUCAAGCCGUUCCUAACACUUCUUGAUGGCCGGCCCCCACUCCCCAACCUACGGCGACUUACUACCCACACCGGUGCCACUAGUCUUAGCGGGAAGGAGCUGCUGGAUCUCAUCAAUAUCUUCUUCAGCCCAUCUUUAAAGGUGAUCAGAACCAUUUUUCACGAGGAAGGUAUCCAAGCCUAUCUGGAUGCCUCGUCUGUACCAACCUUCUUCAAGAAAAUUGAGGAAACAUGCCCACAAAUAGAGAUACUGGAGUUUUACCCACAGAAUCUACAUGGAUCGCCCGGUCCGUUUAUGCUUAGCGACCAAUCUCGCGCUAUGUUACAAUCUUUCUCCAACCUUCGGUCAUUCACCAGCGCCGGUUAUAUCCUCGAAUCUGCUACAUUUGGCAUUCUAGGCAGUUUACCCCAUCUCGAGUCGCUCGGCAUUCGGGGCGAGUACAUAGAAGACCCUAUUCUGGACGAACAGUUGUCUAUACCUGCAGAUUCGUUUGGGAAACUGGUUGACCUACGAUUACACGACAUUCAUCCCCAGGAUAUCAAAACUCUCUGGAGCCAGCCACACAUUGUCAAUAAACUCAUCUCUGUGUUGAUACGAACUGACCCUACAAUCCCUCCGAACCUGUCAGACAACACAGUAGAUGGGAACAGUUGGAUUGAAUUAUUUUUGCUAGCUCUUCCCGGUCUAAGCCCUCGGCUGAAAUCAUUCAUAUUUUAUGUCGGAGACGAGGACGGGUCAGAAUUCCAAGUUUCGCAGGAAGCUCGCGAUGGUUUGAAUAAGCUGGGACUAAGGCAACUUAAACUAAAGCUCGAUUAUGGUGGUUACUAA